AUGGCAACUGCCUGGGAUAUGUUGGCUGAAAUGCUAAGGCCGUCUCCUGAAGAAGGAAGGCAUAAUAAUAAUGAUGAGAGCGUUGUGAAUGUGAAUCAUGGUUCUUUGUACGAAAGUUUGAAGUCUGGUGAUUGGAAUGCUGCAAAGGAGUACAUUGAUCGACACCCCGAGUCACUAACACAUAGAGGUUCAUCAAACGGUGGGACAGCUCUUCACGAGGCAAUCGAGUGGAAGCAGUUACACAUUGUGGAAGAGUUGUUGAAGCUGAUGACAGGAGAGGACUUGGAAAUUGAAGAUGGCGAUGGUUUCACAGCUUUUUUCUAUGCUUUGAUAAGAGGAAUGGCCCCAAUAGUUGCCAGCAUGGUUAAAAAGAACGAGAAUUUAGUUACCAAGCGUUUUACGACCCACGCAGGCGCUCUGACUCCAGUUUUAUACGCUUGUGUUUUGGGCAACUGGAAAAUUGCUCGCUUUCUCUAUUCUCGCACUCCAAUCCAUGUUUUGACUCAAGAGAACAAUGGCCGCGAAGGAGCUGAACUUAUUUCCCAUUGCUUUUUCCAGAGAAAUAAAUUUGAUAUUAUUGGAUGGGAUUUACUUCAGCAUUGCCCAAAAUUGGCCCUUACUGAAAUUUACUUCGGGUGCUCUCCUCUAAAUACACUGGUUGAUUUGCGUUCAGCAUUUCCAAGUACGGUUUCCCUCAGAUUUUGGCAACGCUGGAUCUAUAACAAUAUACAAGUACAACAACCUCAACUUGUUCCUAUCAACUCUGAUGUUUGUGUAAAUUUUGAAGAACUAGAAGAUGACAAAAUAAAUCGAAGGGAUCUCAUUUCCUCAAUUAUGGGUUUCUUUCAAGGAGUUGUCAAGAAUCUUCUCAAACGGUUAGGAAUCCUUGACUUGCAUGAAAUGAGAUUGGGCCAUGACCGAAUUCUUCAAAUUCUACUGCUCAUGUGUGACGUGGUAAAACGUACAAAUCUUGACCCAAUGCAAAAUGCCUUCGUGCGAAAGGCAAUCCUCCAAGCUGUAGAAGGAGGACAAGUGGAGUUUAUUAAGGAGAUGUGUAAGGCGAAUCCAAGAAUCGUACUAAUGAAGAUGGAUGAAAAAAGCAGAUCAAUAUUUCUUUAUGCCGUUGAAUGUCGUCAAGAAAAAGUUUUUAAUCUUAUAUAUGGGCUCAGUGAAUAUGAUAGAAAUGCUAUCUUAACGUGUGCAGAUGACUUUAACAAUACCAUCCUACAUGCAGCCGGGAGUUUAUCUACACAUCUUAAUCAUAUUCAAGGUGCAGCUUUGCAAAUGCAAAGAGAGCUACAAUGGUUCAAGGAGGUGGAGAGUAUUUUACCCCCCUCGUUCUUAGAAAUUAAAAAUAAUAAUGAGAGAAUGACAGGACGAGAAGUAUUCACUAAGAACCACAAAGAAUUGGUGAAGGAAGGAGAAGAUUCGAUGAAAGGGAUAGCAACUUCUUGCACAGUCGUAGGUGCCCUCAUUAUUACCAUUAUGUUUGCUGCUGUAUUUACAGUUCCUGGUGGAAGCAAUCAAGAUACAGAUUCUAUAUCACUCUUUUCGUCAACGACAUCAGUGAUGAUAUUCUUGAGAAUUAUUACGUCACGCUAUGCAGAAUACGAUUUCUACAGCAUUCCAAUCAGCUCGUUUGUGUGGAUGCAAUUCCCCAUCUUUCUUGACAUUUUUAUGUUUACCUAUGGAAGAGGAAUAUUUGACAAGAAAUGCAAAGUCGGGGAAUAA